UAUCCACGUAUCAAGUGCUCUGCGUCGUACCUUCGCCGCUGGAUUGUGCCAGGAGUGAUCUGCACACUUGCGUCGGGUAUGGACCGAAGGGAACUCCAACUCAUAUCUCCCGUGGAGACAAAGACACUCGAAUCACUGGCCGGAACCACCAGCGAAUUGUGCUCCUCCAGCGGACGUGGAGGUUGA